CCUGCCCGCCCGGGGCCGCUCCCGCGCAGGGCGCCCGGGGCUCCGCGUCCCGGCGGGGCGAGGCGAGGCGAGACGGGAGGAGGAAGAAGAGAACGAGAAGCAGGAGGAGGCCCAGGCCGCCCCGGCGCUCCCGCCUUCCCCCCGUCCGCGCUUUGUCCACGGCAGCGGCCGCGCCGCCGCUCGCACGGAUGCGAGACCCGCACAUGACCACAAUCAACAUAUCUAUAUUCCAGUUUCCUUUGGGCUAUUAAACCCUGAGACAUCUGGUGGCAAAUAUUGAGCUCAGGAUUGAUACUGCCCUUUUUGUCAGAUGGAGACUUUGGAGGAAAAGAGCAAUCUCCUUGGUUUACAGGCAGACAACAGCAUGGAGCAACCGUUCACUGUCAGCUCAUUGAAAAAGCUGGUAGCUAUUCCUGACCACACAGACAUCUCUGUGACCCCAGAGGAGAGAGUACGUGCCUUAAGCAAGCUUGGUAGCAAUAUCACAAUCAAUGAGGACAUCACUCCCCGGCGCUACUUCCGAUCUGGAGUGGAGAUGGAGCGAAUGGCGUCGGUGUACAUGGAGGAGGGAAACCUGGAGAACGCUUUUGUGUUUUAUAACAAGUUCAUAACGUUGUUUGUAGAAAAGCUGCCCAGUCACCGAGACUAUCACCAAUGUGCAGUACCAGAAAAACAAGAUAUUAUUAAGAAAUUGAAGGAGGUUGCAUUUCCACGGACAGACGAAUUGAAAAGAGAUCUUUUAAAAAAAUAUAACUUAGAAUAUCAAGAAUACAUGCAACACAAAAACAAAUGUAAAACUGAAUUUCUGAAGAAAUUGGAGCACCAAAAGCUAAUAGAGGCAGAGAAGAAACGAAUUGCACAUAUGCGGCAGCAGCAGCUCGAGUCGGAGCAGUUUCAGUUCUUUGAGGAUCAACUUAAGAAGCAAGAACUAGCUCGAGAUCAGAAAAUCAAAGAGAGUGUGGUUAUGUCUGAACAGAUAGAUGGAAGUAUGCUGUCUUGUAUUUCUGUACCAGAGAACAGUUCCUUAUCUGCAGCGCUGCUGGAGAAAAAAGAGAGGCGCGGCAACUCUGGCUGUGCUGGACAUUCGCCGCCAGUGGAACGGGUCUUAAAGCCAGCAGCUACUCUAAGUGCUGUUCAGACUCAAUUGGCCGAAGCACUCAGAGGUGUCAUUUUGCCCAGGGAUCUCUGUCACAAAUUUCUGCUGCUGGCAGAGGCAAAUACAGUAAGAGGAAUAGAGACAUGUGGAAUUCUCUGUGGAAAACUGACUCAUAAUGAAUUUACUAUUACACAUGUAAUAGUGCCAAAGCAAACUGCAGGACCAGACUACUGUGACAUGGAGAAUGUGGAAGAAUUAUUUGGUAUUCAGGAUCAGUAUGAUCUCCUCACUUUGGGUUGGAUCCAUACACAUCCAACACAAACUGCAUUCUUAUCCAGUGUUGAUCUUCAUACUCAUUGCUCUUAUCAACUUAUGUUGCCAGAGGCCAUUGCAAUUGUUUGUUCACCAAAGCAUAAUGACACUGGCAUCUUCAGACUGACUAAUGCUGGCAUGCUAGAAGUUUCUGCUUGUAAAAAGAAAGGAUUCCAUCCACAUACAAAGGACCCUAGGUUAUUUAAUCCAUGUACCCAUGUGGUUGGGAAAGACAUAAAGAUAAUCGUGCUGGAUCUGAGGUGAUACGGAUGAACCACAUCAAUGUACUCUACAAAAGGCCAAAAGAAAAAAAAGGAUUCCUGUUUUUUCCUACAUUUUCAGAAAUUACUUUUAUAUUUAUACAUUUUAGAUUGAAUGGUUUGAUAUUUAUUGCUCUAGCUUGUUUUGAAGUUAUUUUGUUGCUCUGUCAAGAUGGAGUUCAGUGGCAUUAACCCUAAAUCUGUAAACAAAUUUCACCCAUAAAAUACAACAAUAAAAUGAACUUCAAACUACA